UGCUGCGCCUGUGGGGGAAAUUAGGGGAGAAAGACGGGCUUCUUAAUAUACAGGAAUUAAUUUGCACGGACAUUCAUUAGUUUUUAGUGUCCUUCCCCCUGCAUCGUUCCUCUUAAUCAGCAAGAGAGAGACAUGAAGAGCCCGAGAGAGACGUAUAUACUCCCUGUAAAGUAGGCUUAUUUAUUGGGAGCUAUAGACGUUCUUUAGAAGAUUGUGUGAGAACGACAGGCAUAUAAAUGUUUUUAAAAAUUUAAAUGGUAUUGUUAUAUUCUGCGUGUAUGUAAAGUGCUGUCAAGCCACAGCCGGCUUAUGGCGAUCCCUCGAGGGGUUUUCAAGAGCCAGGAGUCAGCUGAACUCAGCCAUGGAAACUUACAGUAUCCAGGGAUUGUUGAAUCUACUGAGGAAUAUAGAUUUGUGGAGAGGCUCAUACCUCCCACCAGAGUACCUGAGCCCCCCAAACAUGGCACGUACCCCACUCCUUCUGGAUGGAGGCCACCACAAGAUCCCCCUCCUGCCUUUCCAUAUUUUGUACGGCGGUCCCGCAUGCACAACAUUCCUGUCUACAGAAAAAUGACCCAUGGCUGCAGAAAGUUGACAGUUAUCAGGAAGAUUGAAGGUGACAUUUGGGCCCUUGAGAAGGAAGUGAAGGAAUUCCUCACAGAGCUCUCUGGAAAGACACCACCCACCCAAGUCAAUGAAAUCGCCUGUUUCAUUCUCAUCAAAGGUUAUUUUGAUGAGGAACUGAAGAAGUGGCUGAUGGACAAAGGCUUUUAAAUAAAACAGACUUGUGGAAGA